AGAUUUCCCCAAAAAAACACACACACACACAAUACAGAAAAUGGAAAACCGAAAAAGACCAUUGACCAUGGCAAACGGCUGCAAGAAACACCCGAAACACCAGCAAUCUCCCGGAGUUUGUUCAUUGUGCUUAAGAGAAAGAUUAUCAAAAAUAUCGAGUUCUUCAUCAUCGCGGGCGGUCAGGGAUGUUCCUUCGUCGUCGUCUUCAUCGUCUGUUUCUUCGGUAUCUUCGGUUUCUUCAUCUCAUUGCUCAUCCAAUGCUCAAUCUCACAUGGCAUCUCCGAUGCAUGGUCAUCGAAAUCCACGUAAAACUUAUGAUUUUGACGACGAGAAUUCAAAAGGGUAUGUUUCUUUAAUGAAAAAGAGUCGAUCAAUGGCCUUUUUUAGUGAAAAAAUGGUGGAAAGUGAUGGGAAAAAGAAGAAAAAAGAUGGGUUUUGGUCAAAGUUGAUGAUGGGUUCAAAGAGAAGUCAUAAUACACAGAAGAAGAGAUCAAAGGAAUUAGAGGGUUCUUCAAGACUCAUGCAUUCAAGAACUAUGAGAGAAAUGUUGAAUAAAUGGGUUUGAUUUUGAUUUUGAUUUUGAAUUUAUUCUUUAAUUCAAUUUGUAGAUGAAAGUAUAUCAUUCAUGGAGAAAAGGAGUGAGUCAAAAUAAUACAACAAAAAGA